AUGAUUACUUUGCAGGGUGUAACCCCAAAAUCGACCGUUGUCGCCACAAGGAAACAUUGUCAAGUCUGGGAAACUCUUCAGUCUUACAAACUUUGCGAAGACUUUCCAAGGGAUAUUCUCUCUGGCAUCAGCGUCGGCAUCAUGCACAUCCCCCAAAGUAUGGCGUAUUCGCUCUUAGCCACAUUGCCACCUAUAUGCGGACUAUAUACAGCCUUAUUUGCUCCUCUGGUGUAUAUAUUCUUAGGAACCUCCAAACAUUUGUCCAUGGGUGCUAUCACUGUGGUAAGCCUAAUGAUGGCAGCUGUCCUGGACCGGAAGUUGGACAUUGAUGGCGGAUUAGUUUCGGAUAUGAUCAACAAUAGCAGUCCCAUUUAUGGUAAUGGCACAAUAAGCAGUUUACAGGACCAGAAAGUGGAGAUUGCUGUCGCUAUAUCAUUUGUGUCUGGGGCAAUGAUGAUUCUGCUGGGCAAAGUGGGUCUUGGCGUAGUAACGACCUAUAUGUCCGAGCCGUUAAUCAGCGCUUUUACUUCUGGUGUGGCCGUUCACGUGCUUGUUAGUCAGAUGAAAAACAUCCUUGGACUGAAGAUUAGACGUCAUAAUGGCAUGUUCAAAAUAUUCAAGACCCUAGUAGAGGUGUUCCAGCACAUCACGGACACAAACCUUGCCGACGUGUUGACGUCGUCGAUAUGCAUUCUUCUUCUCUACCUUGUCAAGGUCCAGGUCAAUCAUCGUUUCAGAGCCAAGCUUCACAUUCCAAUACCUGUAGAACUGAUUGUGAUAAUCCUAGGCACAGUAGCAUCCUAUUUUCUGCGACUAGAAACAACGUACGGAGUUGAAGUCGUCGGAUCAAUUCCAGCGGGGUUACCCACCCCGCGAUUACCUAACUUUAGUGUGGUGCGAGACUGUAUCACAGAUGCAUUGCUGAUCGGGAUUGUUGCCUUUGGUCAGUCUGUCUCUAUGGCGAAGAUACUGGCAAGACGAAACAACUAUACGAUCAAGCCAAACCAGGAAAUGGUUGCGUAUGGCGCUGGUAGUAUGGUGUGUGCGGUUUUCUCUGGUUACAUUACAGCCGGAUCCGUGGCCCGGAGUCUUGUGCAAGAGACUACAGGCGGCAGGACGCAGAUUGCAUCGAUAUUUUCGUGCGUCGUUGUGUUUGUAGUGAUUAUGGCUGUGGGACCUUUGUUUUUUGCUCUACCACAGUGUGUUUUAUCCAGCGUUAUUCUUGUGGCUUUGAGAAGUAUGUUUUUGCAAAUACGAGAAACAAAACAACUGUGGAAGACAUCAAAAUAUGAUCUGUCUAUAUGGGUGGUGACCUAUGUCUCUGUGGUUGUACUUGAUGCGGACAUUGGAUUGGCACUCGGCAUUGUCUUUUCUUUACUAACCGUAGUCAUCAGAACACAAAGAGUUAAUCCAGUUUCCAUCGGGAGAGUUGGCGAUACGAAUAAUUACAAGUCAAAGAAACUGUAUAAAGAGGUCAAAGACAUCCAAGGCGUAAAAAUAGUCAGCUACCCGGCGCCAUUAUAUUUCGCAAAUGUCGAUAACUUUCUCGAGAAUGUGUCUAAAUGUUUGGAGUUUGACUUGGAAAAGGAAGUUAGACGGCAGCGUUCUUUAGAUUGUGAACCCUGCCCGAAACAGUUGUCAACCUCUAAGUACAAGAAAAAUGCCAGGGCACGAAAACAUCUGUAUACGUUUACAAGCCAACCAAGCGCAGGCAGUCAGACAGAGCUUUUUGGAGCUGAAGAACAGAUAGAUCGAUGUUCAACAGCAGGAUCGGUUGUGGUUACUCAAGCAGUUGAUGAACUUCUCCAAAAUGGUAAAGAUACUACAGAUUCCGCAGAAAUCAACCCUACAUCGGAGCCGGUAUUCUCCACUUGUAACCUGUCCGCUGUGGAACUACCUUUCACUCUCAUGGACACAAAGAUCACAUGGAAAUUAAAGAGUUCGCCUUCAUCGUCUUCGUUUUCCUCUAGUAGAUCAGACGAAACUCUCAAUUGCGACAAACCUAAAGUAUUGAUAUUCGAUAUGAGUAAAGUCUUCUUCGUCGAUAUCGUUGGAGUCAAAACAUUGAAAGAGCUUAUUAUGGACUGUUAUAUGAUUGGAAUGGAUGUCCUCGUUGCAGAAUGCAAUGACGAUGUCCUUGAGGUGUUUAAGACCUCUGGGUAUUGGGAUGACUUCAGUCUAAGACUGUUUGUAUCACUCCGCGAUGCCGAAGAAACCGCGUCUCGAUGGAUCGACACCCCAUCGCAAGAUUCGCUUACGUCCGACCAUGGUACAUGUGCGACGUCUGAGCUGACUCGUCUCUAGCAUUGCGCCUUCGAAUUAUUGCAAACUAACACAAGAUUGUAGGGCUAGGGUUCUACUUUAGGUGACAUUGGUGUUUAUUACCUGUUAUAUUCAGUGAUAUAUUCGAGAUAAUUAUAAUUUUGACAGUUAUUUAUUCAGGUACGUGUAUUCCAUUCGGUCUUGCCUGAUCAGAAUGGAAAACACUGAUUAAUAACCUGUUUAAAAAGUACAAAAAAGGGAUACGAAACCAUUACGAUUGCUUGUGUCACUGUAACAACGCUGUAAAUAGCAUUCUACUUCUUGUACAAUAUGCCGACAUUCUGUAUAUAAAUAGUGUGCUGGAUGACA